AUGGGCCAAUAUUGGAUGCUCGUGAACAUUGACAAACGCCAGUCAACAGGAAGCGAAGGGAAGUUGGGAGAAUUUUUGACAGACAGCUCGCCUGGAACGGUUGCGGAGAGCUUACUGUGUCGGUUGCUACCUUGUCUACUGCGACCCGAGGCCGAGGCACUUACUAAGGACAUCCUCAAGCAUGUCAAGAGUCCCCUUGAAUCCGGCCUGGGGAGGCUCGCUAUUGCUGUGGAACUCUUGGAUCUUAUUUUCUCCAGCAUCGACAACAUACGUGAUGCGACGUGUCUAUGCAUCAGCAAUAAGACACUCUUCGCAAUCGGCUACAAGCAUAUACUGAGAAUAGCUGAAGGGGAUCAAAUUAGAUGGGAGGGUGACCGCAUUAUCUGCCUCGGUGAUUAUGCAGAGGACUUACCAGAAGGGAUGCUCUCCUCCGAAGAAGUGAAUCUACUACGCCUGGAGGGCCAGGAGCUCGAUGACAGUGACCCUGAAGACACUGUCCUUCGCUUGUACGACAUUGCGGCCGAGAAUUUCGACUGUAUAUCCGGCCGUUGGUCUUCUCACAGUUAUGACAGUCGCGAGUGGCGAAUGGCCGGCAUUGAUCGCAAGUUAUACUGCCAGUUGUCAAGGCCUUACUACGUCUAUCACGACCGAUGGGUUCUCUGCAACUUGUCAAAACUCCAAUAUGUCCGCGCCGACACCGUAGCGGAGAUCGUAGGCGACGCUCUCCGCCUUGGAGACGUUCUGCUGUCUCAAAUCUGCUGGUCGACCGACCCUUCUUGUGCGAUACCGUACAAGGGCAAGCUACAUCGCGGCGCCUGGGCAGGCGAUCGCUUCAUAGUCACGACCAUGGAUAAGAUUGAAGGAUCGUUGCGCGAGAACGGAACAUGGACCGAUGUUACGAAAGAUGUGAUGAAGCAGGUUACGGAAAUUUGGAGGUCCGUGUACGGUCCUGAGUGGCCUGAGCAGACGGAAGACUAG